UCCCUUCCGUUCCUGCUUCCCUUCCGUUCCGUUCACUGUUCCGUUCACUGCUUCCCUUCCGUUCCGCACGCACCCUUCCAGAUCAGAUCACUGUUUCCAUUCCCUGUUCUUACACAGCUUCCGUUCCGUUCCGUUCCGUGCUUCCCUUCCGUUCCGUUCACUGCUUCCCUUCCGUUCUCACAUAUUGUGAAAUACUGAAGCUCUCACCAGAUCAGAUCGAAGUGACCAAGCACCGUCUCUCUCUCCGGCGCAGGACGACUCUCAUCUCGAUCACACACGGACACGAGUUUUGAUCAAAAGAAGAAUGGAAGAUUCAGAUUAGAUGAUUUCAUAUCUCUUUGUAUAUUUUUGCAGUCAGCUCGUAAUAUGUUUGAUUCAUUUGAUACUGCUAAGCAGGGCCGGGUGACUCUUGAUCUCAACCAAUUUGUAUAUUGCAUGCUUUGAGGUUUUGGGCUUGGUCUGGGUGGCUCUGUGAUUUUGGAAUUAGGCUUGGCGGCUUUAACACUUUUGGAAUUUAGCCUUGGAAGCCUUGAGAAUUUUAGUCAUGGCACCUGGUCGUCGCACCACUCGAUCUACUGCUCAAAGUCAACAAGUUGAACCAGUCAUUGAUCCUCCUGCUCCACCUUCACAAGUUGUUCGCACUACUCGGUUGAGAAUAGAGAAUCAACAAGUUGAACCAGUCAUUGAUCCUCCUGCUCCACCUACACAAGUUAUUCGCACUACUCGGUCGAGUUUAGAGAAUCAACAAGUUUGUCGCACCACUCGAUCUACGGUACUCAGUCAACGACCUAGAACCACCCCACAAUCUAAUGUAGAGAGAGAACACCCUCAAGGCUCCACACACCCCACUGUACAGGGUGAACAAGUCAAUGUGACGACCCAUUUUGAUACCGAAGAUGAUAAUCAAUCUUCCCAAGUUCCAUCAGGACAAACAUCUUCCUUUAAGCCACGUGGAGUUACUCGCGGCUUGACAACUACAACUAUAGCUAAGGCAUCAUCAACUGGAAAGUUGUCAGUGACUUUUAAUGCGGAGUGUCGUCAACCAAUUUGUACUAAUGCUGAGAAAUUUAAUAAUGAGAUUGGAUUCAUUAUUCGGAAUCAUGGUACAUUUCAUUAUAAAGAGUGGAGAAUGGUCCCAGAAGAUGUGAGAGCUCCAUUGCGACACUAUCUUUUGGAACAUUUUGACAUCAACUUGAAUGAUGAGACAACUAAAAAAUGCAUUGAUGAGCAAAUGAGAAAAGCUUGGAAGGGUCAUAAGUACAAGCUGCACUUAUAUUUCAAAGAAAUUGGAGGAGAAAAUGAUCUUGAGAUGGCCAAGAGCAAACGUCAUCCAGACUUAAAAGAACAACAUCAAGAAGAUUGGAUGAUUUUGUGUGAUCGUUGGUGUUCUCCUGAAUUUAAGGAAAGAGCAUUAAAGAAUACUACCAAUCGAUCAAAGAGGAAAUGGGAGUCGAAAAAUGGUUCAGUCUCCACACCACGACAUCACAUUCGACGUGGAAUGGUGUUAACUUCUCCUACCGGUCAAAUUGAGACAUGGCGUCUAAAGCAUUAUGAUGCUGAGAAAGGAUGGACUGGAAUAGAGCUCGGGCCAUUAUAUGAUAAAAUGAUGGAGUUAAGGGGUCAACAUCCUCCAGAAGAACUGUCUGAUAAAGAGAUUAUGGAGCGUGUACUUGGACGUGAUUCGGUAUACUUGCGAGGGUGGGGGCGGUCUCCUAGUGUCACAACUUCUACUUCACAUCGUGAAAAUAUUGUGGGUAAUCAACCAACUUAUGAAGAGUUACUUGAACGACUUAAUGAUACAACUUCCCGCCUUAAUGCUACUAGCGAACAACUUAGUGUAGUUGUGGAUAUACUUCGUCAUAACAAUUUGAUGGCACCGCCUCCACCACCUCCAACAGACCAAGCUUCAGAUGCAAAUUUAAGAGAGUCGCCAUCUAUUUCAGUUCGGGAGUCACAAGAUGAUUCUUAGUUUAUUUACAUUAAUUUUACUAAGGAAUGAACUUUAUGAAGUUUUUUUUAUUUUGGUAGGGGUAACCUUAAAAUGAUAACUUUAUAACUUAUUUUAGUAUUGAACAUUAUAAAGAAUUUUAGCAUUAAAUAUUUUA